GCGCCCGGGCCUCGGGCCCGGAAAAGUCGACCCGUGCUCGGCUCCAACUUAAACACCGUAUCGUUCCCCUUUGGAGCGAACAGUUAUCGCCAUCAUUGUCGUGAGAAAGAAGUAGUUCUCGUGGUGUUGGUACGCUCGGGUGAAGAAGAAGAAGCAGGAAGGAACACGGAGCUAAGACAGCCUCUCUCUGCGUCCACGAAAGAACUAGUUGCGCGGAAGCAUGGAUGAAUUAUCCGUAGUGCCCAAUUUGUCCUCGAUGUCCGGCUUAGGUGGGGGUACGCAAGAUGAGGGAGGUACCCUCACCUUUACGGAAGAAACUCCUGAGGAGCGUCGCGAGCGGAAGCGGCACUUUGUCCGUAUGGGUUCCGUGGUUAUCGUCGUGCUGCUCGUUUUGAACGUCCUGCUCCUUUAUAUCUACUUGACGUCCAAACCGAAAGUGAUGGUCAAGAGGCACACAGAAUAUUUUGGACACGUCCGCGGUCUUCACGGCGAGCAGCCUGCCUCGAAGCAGACACUACCUGCCGUUGUGGAGUGCGACAGUCCUGGCUGUCAGUGGCUGCAGCAAUACUUGCGAGGCAUACCCAGAAAAGUCGAACCCUGUCAAGAUUUCUACGCUCACGCGUGCGAUGGCGUCGACGUGGAUCUGAUGACACGAGGAGUUGUCAAGUUCAUGCAGGCGACCGGAGACGCCAUCCUUAGGAGUGCUGCACGCUACGAAGAACGGCAGCAUGCGUUAGUCUUUAAUAACUGCAUGCAAGCCAGGGACAUAAUGCCACGUGAUCUGUGGCGGAUUAAAGAUGACGAGCCUUGUACGCUGGCAUCCAAAGUCCCCUGGUACGCAGCUUCAUUCCUGAAAGAGGGCGGCAACGUCUCUGAUGACCUUCUGUGGAUGUUGAUCCACUCUCUGAGUCCCGGGUUGCGGGCUGCCCUCAAUCGACCUCCCGCAGAUCUCCCACGGCAGCAUCAUAUGGCUGGAGCCGGAUGGAUGUACAGUGCGGCUCGCCGAGUUAAACACGUUGCACGAUGCCACGCGGGCACAUCGGGCGAGGCUCAAUCUGGGGAGUUCUCCUACAGUGCCUUGUGGAUUCUAUUCUAUUUUUCACCAUUUCUGGGUGACGAGGGCGACGUCUUGAUGAAGCACGUGUUUCGUGCCACCCCAUUCCCUCGCCUUCAGAUCUGCCUCCGCAUCCUGGAGGACAACUUCCGGACGGCAACCGAGAAGGCUGCCUUCGCGGUCCUCACGGAUAUGUUUGACGACCCCAGAGGAACCGUGGGCCACGUCGUCUGGGAGGCUAAACAGGCAUCUAGGAGCAUGAUGGCUACAUUGUUGGGACAGUCAGUUGUGCACAGAGUAGACAUCCUCGAAUACCAGCUUCUGGGAUCUCCACGGAUAAGUAAAGCCACAGACUCCUCCUUGUUCUCUUCGCAGGUGGUGUAUUCACCAGAAUCCCACAGCUUGCUGAUUCCGCCAGCGUUGCUGGGCAAUAUGUUGAACGUCACAUCUGCCAUCGAGCCCGUCUUUAUCCCUUUGCUGGGCGACCCUAUACUUCGCGCCCUGUUCCAUGCGGCAUCCUCUUGGCUCGACCGUUCUCCUAUCGAGGACACAGCCGUCUGCUUGAGAGGACAGCUGGGCGGGAAUCCUGAGCUGAGCAGCGAGAUUGCUCUGCGGUUGUUCGCGUAUCCGUCAUUGUACCAGCUCUACAAACGCCGACUACAAGAGGAGAUCGGACCGGGAGUGAAAUUGUGCAGCGGCUACACCAACACGCAGUUGUACUUCGUGCUCUGGGCCUCGACACAAUGCGGGGAAUCGAGCUUAGCUGUUAAUGGGCCAUUUGCUAACAUCGGACGCUUCGCUCGUAGCUUUAGCUGUGUGCCCGGACACAAAAUGGUGGCGCCCAUGCGAUGCAGAGCAAAUGAGGCUCUCAUUUCAGCGGAUGUUGACGGAUGAAUAGGAGUUGCUCACCACUGCGCGGCCAUCCUUGCAUAACGAAGAGCGAUCUCCACGCGAAUAAAUACUUCGAUACUGUCA